CGCCUGCCGGGAGCGGGUCUGGGCGGCGCGGGGCCUUGCGGCGGCUGCGGGGAGCGGAGCGGAGCGGGUGCCGCCGCCAUGUCCACGUCGCUGGGCUCCAACACCUACAACCGCCAGAACUGGGAGGACGCGGACUUCCCUAUUCUGUGCCAGACAUGUCUUGGGGAAAACCCAUACAUCCGAAUGACCAAAGAAAAAUAUGGAAAAGAAUGCAAGAUUUGUGCCAGGCCUUUCACAGUCUUCCGCUGGUGCCCAGGUGUUCGUAUGCGCUUCAAGAAAACAGAGGUGUGCCAGACAUGCAGCAAGCUGAAGAACGUCUGUCAGACCUGUUUGCUUGACCUGGAAUAUGGUUUGCCUAUUCAAGUCCGGGAUGCAGGACUCUCCCUUAAGGACGAAAUGCCCAAGUCUGAUGUCAAUAAAGAGUACUACACCCAGAACAUGGAGCGAGAGAUAGCCAAUUCUGAUGGCACUCGGCCGGUCGGUGCUCUGGGAAAAGCUACUUCCACCAGCGACAUGCUGCUGAAGCUGGCUCGGACCACUCCGUACUACAAACGCAACCGGCCUCACAUCUGUUCCUUCUGGGUCAAAGGGGAAUGCAAGAGAGGAGAAGAGUGUCCCUACAGACACGAGAAACCUACAGAUCCAGACGAUCCUCUGGCUGAUCAGAACAUCAAAGAUCGUUACUAUGGAAUUAACGACCCUGUGGCUGAUAAACUUCUGAAACGAGCGUCGACCAUGCCUCGCCUGGACCCCCCUGAUGACAAGACCAUUACCACACUGUAUGUGGGAGGGCUCGGAGAUACCAUCACUGAGUCGGAUCUCAGGAAUCACUUCUACCAGUUUGGGGAGAUCCGGACGAUCACGGUGGUGCAGAGGCAGCAGUGUGCUUUCAUCCAGUUUGCCACCCGGCAAGCUGCGGAGGUGGCUGCCGAGAAAUCCUUCAACAAGCUCAUUGUCAAUGGGCGCAGGCUCAAUGUCAAAUGGGGCAGGUCCCAGGCAGCAAGAGGAAAAGAAAAGGACAAGGAAGGUACUACAGAAUCUGGAAUAAAGCUGGAGCCAGUUCCAGGGCUUCCUGGAGCUCUGCCCCCCCCUCCAGCUGCAGAAGAGGAGGCUUCUGCAAAUUACUUCAACCUACCUCCAAGUGGCCCUCCAGCCGUGGUUAACAUUGCCUUGCCACCGCCUCCUGGCAUCGCUCCGCCACCACCUCCAGGUUUUGGGCCGCACAUGUUCCAUGCCAUGGGGCCGCCGCCUCCCUUCAUGCGGGCCCCGGGCCCCAUCCACUACCCGUCUCAAGAUCCCCAGAGGAUGGGUGCCCACGCAGGAAAGCACAGCAGCCCCUAGCCCUGCCCGCCGCCCUCAGCCUCGCACUCAAGGUUACUGCCUAGGUACUGUGGUAGCACCGUAUGUUGAGCUGGGGGUGAGCUAGAGAAGCCCUAUUUCCCUGCUUGCAGACACAGGGCAGGCUGAGCUCUGUGUCUCCACUAGAAUUGGGCUGGCGAUGCGUCCCAGAUCUUUCCUGUAGUGAGGGGGGUGGGGAGGGCAGGUGGAAGGGCUGCUGGGGGCUCAGGUGUGCCAGGAUUACAGUGCUGUCCGUGUAGCCCCUUCGCACACUUGGGAAAUAAACUUGUGGAAAAACACGACCGAACCCUUUCCAAGCCCAUUUGAUAUCCUUGAUCUGAGCACUAGGGACUGUGGAAACGUGACCAGGGAUUCUUCUCUGACAGAUAACUAAUGGCUUAUUAUUCUAAUGAGAUAUUAAACCAGGACUGAGUAAGCACUGGAAAACAAGCUUAUCGGACAUGCCAAACCUUGGCUUUGCCUCACUAUUGCCACAGGAUUUUCCUCCCUCCUUUCUCCUGAUUUCUUGCUUAAAAAACCACCAAACCCAAACCAAAACCUCUUUUGGUGCUUCACUUCUACUCCUGCACGUCCUGAGCAAGACAAGUGUCAGGUGAUGUCACUGCUGGCUGUGGAGGGAGGGCAUGGUGCAGGGGUGUAUCUGGAACAGGAUCUGGGCUUUGGAGGCCUGUGGCUAUAGUGUCCUCUUAAGCUGUGAGGUGGAUCCCACCUCCUGCUUUGGUAAGAUAUUUUCUAUCUGUGCCUCAGCUGUAGUGUUUGCCCAGGAGCAGCCUUUCCUGGAGCCUGCAUCCAGUAAGCGGGGGGAGUUGAAGCUUGUCUGUAUGUCAGCUGUUUUUGUGCCAUGGAUCUGUGGACUUCCUUCUGUAAAACAAACUGUGAUGGGACCUGUUCUGAAGCUUCAUCUGCUUGUUUUAAAAAACAACUCCAUUAAACUAUUUGAAUUUAGA